CCGGUUCAAUCUUUAAUCUUGACAACUUUUUAAGUUCGACAACGCUCUUAAGGAUUCAUGCACACGCAUCGAUGAUUACUUAGUCACAAUCCAGCUUGGUUCCAAUGGAUAUAUCUCCCUAAUAUCGAUUAGGGAUUUUUGGGCCUCGUCUGGGCUAUUCACGCCUAAGCUUGUAAAUUUCAUCAGCUUCCGGCUUCCCUGACUUGGUUAGGAUUAGAUCGCAACGGUUAGCCUACGCGCUGAUCAUUCAACUUCACCUAUAUUGUCACGACUAUUAGUGAUGAGAUAUCCCUCACCCCUAUCCACACUAUCUACGACUCCGAGGAUUGCUUUCUCAUCUGUCUCUGUCUCUGUCAUACCCAAAUUUAGACCUCGACUGUGGAACGUCAGGACUUCACCAACACUACUACGUCCUAUUUUCCGAUUUAAGAGCACUGUGGUAGCUAUCAAGAUGGAGAAGGUCGACACUACUGCUCGCCUUUCCAAGCUUCGCGAGCUUAUGAAAGAGCACGAGGUUGAUGUUUAUAUUAUUCCAUCCGAAGAUAGUCAUGCUUCUGAGUAUAUUGCACCAGCCGACGCUCGUCGCGCUUUCAUCUCAGGCUUCACUGGUUCAGCUGGCUGUGCUGUCGUCACUCAUGAAUCGGCUGCCUUAGCUACGGAUGGCCGUUACUUCAACCAAGCUUCCCAGCAGCUUGACAACAACUGGACCCUCUUGAAACAAGGUCUCUUAGAUGUUCCCACCUGGCAGGAGUGGUCUGCAGACAAGGCCGCUGGCGGUAAAGUCGUGGCUGUGGAUCCGACUUUGUUAACGAGUGGUGCUGCCAAGAAGUUCUCAGAGAAGAUUAAAAAGAGUGGGGGCAAGGAGCUGGCACCAGUUGAAAGAAACUUGGUCGACAUUGUUUGGGGGGAGGAUAGACCGCCUCAGCCGGAAGAGCCUAUAAUAGUACUCGACGAGAAGUUUGCCGGAAAGGAUGCGAGCUUCAAGCUUGGAGAGCUUCGUACGGAGCUUAAAAAGAAGAAGUCUCUCGGGUUUGUGGUUUCGAUGCUCGAUGAGAUCGCCUGGCUCUUCAACCUUAGAGGAAACGAUAUCCCUUACAACCCGGUCUUCUUCUCGUACGCCAUUGUUACUGCCGAUGACGCUACCUUAUAUGUCGAUUCUUCUAAGCUAAGCGCUGAGUGCCAAUCCUACCUUGCAGAAAACGGUGUCUCUGUUAAGCCAUACAAGGACAUAUUCAACGAUGCUUCAGCCCUUCGCGAAUCGGCAGAGGCUAAGAAGAAUGACGAAGGCAACGAGGGCAAGAAAUUCUUGAUCUCAAAUAAGGCUUCGUGGGCUCUGAAACGAGCGCUCGGUGGAGAUGGCAUGGUUGAGGAGAUCCGAAGUCCUAUCGGUGACGCCAAGGCUGUGAAGAAUGAGACCGAGCUAGAAGGGAUGAGGCAAUGCCACAUCAGAGAUGGCGCUGCUUUAAUCGAGUUUUUCGCAUGGCUUGAAGAUCAGUUAAUAGUGCAGAAGGCAACGAUUGACGAAGUUGAAGCUGCGGAUAAACUCGAAGCUCUGCGUGCGAAACAGAAGGACUUUGUUGGCCUUUCCUUUCCCGCGAUCUCGUCUACGGGGCCAAACGCUGCUGUUAUUCACUACAAGCCUGAACGUGGAAGUUGCUCGGUUGUCGACCCUAAGGCAGUCUACCUAUGUGAUUCCGGAGCCCAGUACCUAGACGGCACUACAGACACGACAAGGACACUGCACUUUGGCGAGCCUACCGCUGCCGAGAUCGAAGCCUACACGCUUGUACUGAAGGGUAACAUCGCCUUAGAUAGAGCCGUAUUCCCGAAAGGAACAACGGGUUUUGCGCUUGAUGGUCUUGCUCGCCAGUAUUUAUGGCAAAAUGGGCUCGAUUACCGUCAUGGCACCGGUCAUGGAGUCGGUUCGUACUUGAAUGUGCAUGAAGGACCGAUCGGUAUUGGUACCAGGGUACAGUACUCGGAAGUUUCCCUAUCUCCUGGAAAUGUUAUCUCCGAUGAACCCGGCUAUUACGAAGACGGCUCCUUCGGCAUCCGCAUCGAGAAUAUCGUCAUGGUUAAGGAGAUCAACACCAAGUACCAGUUUGGUGACAAGCCAUACCUCGGUUUUGAGCACGUCACGAUGGUGCCGUACUGUCGUAAGCUCAUCGAUUCUACCCUCCUGACGGACGCAGAGAAGGGUUGGUUGAACGACUACAAUGUAGAUAUAUGGAAUAAGACGAAGGGCUAUUUUGAGGACGAUAAGGUAACAACGGCAUGGCUUAAGAGGGAAACGCAGACCUUCUAGACGGAAAACUUGUGCAGUUCAUUUUGAUGAUGCAUUGCGUUAGUUGUUACCUAUAGUAUUAGAAUUGCAUGAAAGCAGACAUUGCAAAGAACAGCCCAA